AUCAUCCUCGAUUUAACGAGGUCAAAGACAUCAGGCUUCGACUAUUAUCCCAGGCAAUUCAAGCAGAAGGAAAGACGCAGCCUAUUGAAUUGUCGAUUGGUGAUGCAGUUGAUCAAAAAAUUGUGGAUAACAAGACCCUUGGUUAUUUCCUUGCUCGUAUACAACUUUUCUUAAUCAAACUUGGCAUUAAUCCUUCGAGACUUCGUUUUCGACAACACAUGCCAAAUGAGAUGGCACAUUAUGCAUGUGAUUGUUGGGAUGCGGAGAUUCAAAGUAGCUAUGGAUGGAUCGAAUGUGUCGGCUGUGCCGAUCGAUCAGCCUACGAUCUCACCGUGCAUUCCAAUCGAACAAAAGAAAAACUAGUAGUUCGUGAAACACUACCAACUCCAUAUGUAUAUGAAAAAACAGUUUUGGAUAUUAAUCAUAAAAUAUUUGGACCAAAACUGAGAAAGAACGCAAAAAUUGUAGAAGAAUAUUUAUCUAGUCUUGAUGAACAGCAACUGGAAAGUCUCAAAGAGGAUUUAGAAAAAGGAAAUGGAAAAACAACUGUUCCUGGCACUGAUGGUAAAGGAUACGAAGUCUCGACCGAAUUUUUGACCAUAAAACGCCAAACAUUCUCAGAGCAUGUACGAGAGUACACUCCUAAUGUAAUAGAACCUUCUUUCGGUAUUGGUCGUAUAUUAUAUUCGUUGAUUGAACACGUGUAUUGGAUACGUGAGGGCAGCGAACAGAGAGCGGUUUUAUCUUUUCCUCCAAGCGUAUCUCCCUUUAAAUGUCUAUUGGUACCUCUAAGUAACCACCCUACGUUGACUGAGCUUAUUCAAGAUAUGACCACGCGGCUUCGUAAAUUGAGUAUUCCUAUAAAGAUUGAUGAUUCAUCGAAUUCAAUUGGACGGCGAUAUUCACGUAAUGACGAGCUAGGUACACCUUUUGCCAUCACUAUCGAUUUCCAAUCGGUAAAAGAAGGCACAGUUACUUUACGUGAACGUGAUACCACAAAACAAAUCAGAGAAAAGAUUGACACUCUCCUUGUAGUUCUCAAAGAUCUUAUUGAAGAAAAUAUCACUUGGGAAACUGUGUUAAAUACAUAUCCCGAAUUCACUCAACAAGAACUUGAAUAG